GGCGGCAACCCUGCGGGAGGAGCCAAGGGUGGCGCUAGUUUGAUGUUCCUCACCGAGAAGCGUCAGAAGAGCUGAUCCUUCGUGCUCAGGAUGAUCGAGGAGGACGCUGCUCUGAGUAACGGCGGCAGGGGGCUCUCCGGCCAGUGGGCAGACGCGGCGGCCACUCGACCCCGCACCACCGAGCGACACAUCACGGUGCACAAGCGCCUGGUGAUGGGCUUCGCCAUCUCCAUCCUGGCGCUGCUGGUAGUCACCAUGAUCGCCGUGUUGCUCAGCGUGCGCAUCGAGGAAUGCAGCAGCGGCACCACGCCGGACGGCCCAGGAGGCAGGGCGGGCAACCGGAGUGUCCCGGCGGCAGCUGCCGCUGCAGCCCCCGCAGGAAGUGCCCGCUUGAACCAGAACAGCGCCGGGGAAACCCCUGGAAGUGCAGGGGAAGAGACGGUGGCGUUGGAAGCGGCUAGAGGGGAAGAGGAGGAGGAGUGGCCGAGGCGGCGGGGGGAGCAACCGUGGACCCAGCUGCGCCUUCCCGGACACCUGCGCCCCCUCCACUACAACCUGAUGCUGAGCGUCUUCAUGGAGAACUUCACCUUCAGCGGCGAGGUCAACGUGCAAGUCGAGUGUCUCAACGCCACCCGUUACCUCGUUCUCCACGCCCACCGCAUGCACAUCGAAGCAGUCCGUGUGGCCGAGGACCGGCUGGCCGGUGCCCUGAACGUCUCCGGCUUCUUCUUUUACCCACAGACCCAGGUCUUCGUCAUAGUCCUCAAUCGGAGCUUAGAGGAACAGAGAAGUUACAACCUUAAGAUCCUCUAUAACGCUCCGAUCGAGAACGAGCUUUUGGGAUUUUUCCGCAGCUCUUACGUCCUCUACGGGGAAAGAAGGUUUCUUGCAGUUACACAGUUUUCUCCUACACAUGCCAGAAAAGCCUUUCCUUGCUUUGAUGAACCUAUCUACAAGGCCACAUUUAAAAUCAGCAUCAAACAUCAAGCAACUUAUUUAUCUUUGUCCAAUAUGCCAGUGGAAACCUCUGUUUCUGAAGAAGAUGGAUGGGUUACGGAUCACUUUUCACAGACUCCACUCAUGUCCACAUAUUACUUAGCUUGGGCUGUUUGCAAUUUUACAUACCGUGAGACUACCACAAACAAUGGUGUUGUAGUACGAUUGUACGCAAGACCUGAUGCCAUUAGAAGAGGAUCCGGUGACUAUGCUCUAAACAUUACAAGGAGAUUAAUUGAGUUCUAUGAAGAUUACUUCAAAGUACCCUAUUCCUUGCCAAAAUUAGAUCUGUUAGCUGUGCCUAAGCAUCCUUAUGCUGCAAUGGAGAACUGGGGAUUAAAUGUUUUUGUGGAACAAAGGAUACUUCUGGAUUCAAGCAUUUCUUCCAUAUCAUAUUUACUGGAUGUCACCAUGGUUAUUGUGCAUGAGCUAUGCCAUCAGUGGUUUGGUGAUCUUGUAACUCCAGUAUGGUGGGAAGAUGUGUGGCUAAAAGAAGGCUUUGCUCACUAUUUUGAAUUUGUUGGAACUGACUAUCUCUAUCCAGGCUGGAAUUUGGAGAAGCAGAGGUUUCUGACUGAUGUCUUACAUGAAGUCAUGUUACUUGAUGGCCUGACAAGUUCACAUCCAGUGUCACAAGACGUGCAGCAGGCCACAGAUAUUGAUCGAGUCUUUGACUGGAUCGCCUAUAAAAAGGGUGCAGCUUUAAUUCGAAUGCUGGCUAAUUUUAUGGGUCACUCAGUAUUUCAGAUGGGCUUACAAGAUUAUUUAACUAUUCACAAGUAUGGCAAUGCUGCAAGGAAAGACCUAUGGAAUACACUGUCAGAGGCACUUAAGAAGAUUGGGAAAUUUGUGAAUAUCGAAGAGGUAAUGGAUCAGUGGACACUCCAGAUGGGUUACCCUGUUAUCACUAUGAAAAGAAAUGAAAAUGUAGACAGUAUUAUAGGAAUCUCUCAAGAUCACUUUGUUUAUGACCUUGAUAAAGAUCCCGGUUUGAGAAACAACAGAACAUCACAGAAUUGCAUAUCUUAAUGGAGAUAGUUGGCUGCUUGGAAACAUCAAUCAAGCUGGCUACUUUAGGGUUAACUAUGACAUUAGAAACUGGAGAUUGAUAAUUGACCAACUAAUGAGAAACCAUAAAGUAAUCUCUGUCAGUAAUCGUGCAGGUUUGAUCGAUGAUGCAUUCAAUUUAGCCAGGGCUGGCUAUUUGCCCCAGAAUAUUCCACUUGAGAUUAUUAGAUACCUGUCAAAGGAAAAGGAAUUUCUACCUUGGCAUGCUGCUAGCCGAGCUCUUUAUCCUCUAGAUAAGUUGCUGGACCGCACAGAGAACUACAAUAUGUUCAAUGAGUACAUUUUGAGACAAGUUGCUUCAAUGUAUCUAAAGCUGGGAUGGCCAACGAAUAAUUUGGAGAAAUCUUUGGUUCAAGCUUCCUACCAGCAUGAGGAGUUCCGCCGUGAAGUGAUUAUGCUGGCAUGUAGCUUUGGUAACAAGCAUUGCCACCAGCAGGCUGCAACUCUAAUCUCUGACUGGAUUUCAAGCAAUAGAAACAGAAUACCACCAAAUGUGAGAGACAUCGUCUACUGCACAGGAGUUUCACUGAUGGAUGAAGAUGUAUGGGAAUUCAUCUGGAUGAAAUUCCACUCAACUACAGCAGUAUCAGAGAAGAAAAUAUUAUUAGAAGCUUUAACCUGUAGUGAUGACAGAAAUUUGUUAAACAGGCUUCUUAACUUGUCUCUUAAUUCUGAAGUUGUCCUGGAUCAGGAUGCAAUUGAUGUCAUAAUCCAUGUAGCUAGAAAUCCACAUGGAAGAGAUCUUGCUUGGAAAUUUUUUAGAGAAAAGUGGAAAAUAUUGAAUGCAAGAUACGGAGAAGCGUUAUUUAUGAAUUCAAAACUGAUAAGUGGAGUCACAGAAUUUCUUAAUUCAGAGAGUGAACUGAAUGAGCUAAAGAAAUUUAUAAAGAAUUAUGGAGAGAGAUCUGCUGCCUCUUUCUCUCGAGCUGUGGAAACAGUGGAAGCGAAUGUCCGGUGGCAGAUGAUUUACAAAGAAGAAUUAUUUCAGUGGCUGAGAAAAACACUUGCACACUAAUCUGUGUUUCUGGCAAAGACCUAGUACAAGUUUUGCAAGAUGAGAAGCACAGUGGGAACUUUCAGAAAACUGACUAGAAAUCCAGCAAAGACAAGUUCAAGUUGGAAGGACUAUUAAACAGAGAUAUAUUAUAUUUUUGCACCAAAUUCCUCAGAACUGUUAAAUGAUUAGGGGCACACUGACAAAGAGGAAUGGUCAUGAAUCCCAUCCCUACUAUUCCAUGGCCAAGAGUGAUAUUAAGUGGUGCAUGUAAAUGUCACUGUCAGUUUUGUUGGAGAAAACCCCUGAGAAUAUUUGUGCAUGGUUUUAUGGUUCCUGCCUGUAUUUCAGCAUGCUUACUUCAGAUGUCCAUGUUUUGUAUGUGAAUUUCUGUUGCAUCAAAGAUGGGCAUUAUGCAAAAGCACAAAGACUCUUAUGACAAUCAGUGAUGUGACAACAAGGUAGGAUGGAAAGAAAAACGUUAAAGAUACAAAUGAACAAGUGAUAACAUCUCCCCUUUCCAUGGUGCUGGCCAGUUUUACUUUUAAAUUCUCUUUUAAGUUCUCUUUCAAUGCUAAUCCUUUUUUGAGUUGUAAACAGUAAUAUAAAUUACAAUCCAAAGAUUCCUCUUUUUAAAUCAAGAAUACGUAUGUAUUUAGAGGCAGAAUAUUUUCACAGUAAGGUAUCAUUAAAAAAAAUAAUUUCUCCAUUACUCACUGUCGAUUGAUAGGUUUACCUUCAUAAGUUAGUUUACAACAGCUAGUUUGCAUAUUUGGUGGGAUGGGGGGAAGUAAAAAAAAGUCUUUUGCAUUAUGUCUUUUCAGCAAAAGUAUUCAGUAGAUAUUAUAUUGUUCUUUGAUAGUUGCAUAUAUGAGAGGAAAAUCAAGUGAGAGAAAGAACAGAACAAAACCAGGGGAAAACUGGAAAACUGUGAAGUAAAAUAACUUCCUAGGUAAUGUUUAAAUUGUAAGAAACAUCCAUUCCCCCCUACCAUCCUUGUCAGUACGAACAUCUUGUUUCUUCAUAGAUAGCCUGUUAAAAUUCAAUGAAUGGAUUACAUUUGAGUAAUUGUUAAAGCUCAAAUUUGAAAAAAAAUCCUUUGUGUCUAUUUCACUAUUUUUAAAAACUUAGGUAAGGCAUUG